AUGAGAGAGGUUCUUGUUCAACUCAUUAACUCAUGGGUAGUUGUGCGUAACAAGAUCAGCACAUUGCGUCAGCAUAAGCUUGCUAUCAGCAGUUCUUGUAUCAGUUCGGCCAGGAGCCUCAACGAAUUGUGGCUCAAGGGCAAUCCCAUAGAGCGGCUGCAUCUUCAGGCCAUGCCUGGCUUUGAAGACUUCCUUGAGCGAAGGAAACAACGGCUGGAUGCGAGGAUCGGAUCCAACGUGGUGGGACGAGUCGACCUGAGCGUUUGUGGUUUGGACUGA